AUGCGCCUAUUCCUGAUCCCCAUAUCGACGCGACGAGCGUUGAUCUAUGCCCGACCACUGCGACGCGACAGUGCGAAGGAGCUAUCGCUGCUCGACCGGGCCACAAGCAAGGCAGCUACGACAUGGGCGCAAUGGGAGGAAGCCGAGUCGGGCUGGAAGAAGCACCUCGUCACCUGGGGCAAUCGCGUUCAACAGCGUAUUCCUUUUGAAGAAUGGGGGCUCAAGAGCAUUCCGUCGAUCAAUGCGCAACGGCGCAUAGAUGAGAAUCAUACCAGCAAGCGGAUCGAUGUACUCUAUCCCGGUAACUCCGUGCGGUUAGAGAAGAUCCCGAUCAUUCUGCGAAAGAUCGCGACAGAACGGCAGGAGUUUCAUAGGAAGAAAAUGUGGUGGAGCUUGGGAAUUGCACCUUUUACAGCACCUCUGGCUCUGAUUCCAGUGGUCCCGAAUAUUCCUUUCUUCUACCUGGUAUACCGAGGCUGGUCCCAUUGGCGCGCGCUGAACGGCUCGCGACAUCUGGAAUUCCUUGUCGAGAAGAGCCUCCUUAAUCCGAUUUCGCUGCCCCAGCUGGAGCAGUUAUACGCCAAGCGUGCAUCGCAUGUCGUGGACAAUACACUGAUCAACACACCACCAUUUGACAGAGCAGAGGACAUUGAACAGAGUGACGACCGUGUGUUGCUGAAGAUGUCCGACGCGAAAAAAUUGGCCUCGAUAUUGGAUGCUCCCGAGCUGUCGCUGGAGGCCGAACGGGCCAUCGUCCAAGUCAGCGAGCAGCUUGAAGCUCAGAAAAAGAAAGCUAACUCGGCCGAGUCCAACGAUAAAAAGAACUCAUGA